AUGAAGGUGAAGCUAAACGAAAAAGGGCUGCUUCCGGCCAUCGCCCAGGACAUCAAUACCGGCGAAGUACUGAUGCUGGGUUACAUGAACCCCGGCUCCCUGAAGCGCACCGUGGAAGGGGAGCAGGUGUGGUUUUACAGCCGCAGUCGGGAAGACCUGUGGCACAAGGGCGAGGUCUCUGGCAAUUAUCUGAACUUGCGUGAAGCCUACCUGGACUGCGACGCCGACACUAUCCUGCUUAAGGUGGAGCCCGACGGGCCAGCCUGCCACACGGGUGACGUAUCCUGCUUCCAUAACAAGAUGGAAGACCAGCCCGAAGACUACGAGGUCACCGAGUCUGGCUCCGGGGUCCUGGACGAACUGUUCGCGGUUAUCCAGGACCGGCAACGGGAUCAGCCCGAGGGUAGCUACACAGUGCAACUCUUGCAGGAGGGUGUGUCACGGGUAGCCCAGAAGGUAAUCGAGGAGGCUGGCGAGACGGCGUUGGCUGCCGUCCAGAAUGACCAGGAAGGUUUCGUCGGAGAAGUGGCAGACCUGCUCUACCACACCCUGGUCUUGCUGGCAGCCAGUGGCUCCCGACCCCAGGAAGUGUGGGAUGCGUUGCGGGAGCGAAGGGGAUAG